AUGAGUACAUUUGAUCAUUGUAAACUCAACAACAUCCGAGUAUUUCUAAACUCGGAUAGAUAUCCAUACCACGAUUUAAAUUUAGAUUUUACCAAUAAUAAAUAUGCUACAUUAUAUGAUAUGUUUGCCAACUUUCAAGAAAGUUAUUAUCACUUUAAUUUAAAUCAACCAAUAUUUAAUCUACAAGAGUUUAAAGAAAAAGCACCCUUAGUAUAUAUCGAUUGUUUAAGACAAAAAGAAGUGAUUAAAUCCGGAAGCAUUGUUCUUAGAAUUGAAUUUGAAACUGAUGAGCCCACGUCAACGGAUAUAUCAGCAUUUUGUCUCAUAUUACACGAAAAAGAAUUUUCAUAUAAUCCUUUAACAAAAACCGUAAAGCAAUAUUAA